CUGUACGGCCGUGGGGCAGCCCCGGCAGUCCGUGGGUCAGGAGAGGUGCUGACAAGGCGGGGCAGACGCUGGGCUUCUCCGGCUUUACCCCUCCCGCUGAGGACAGGUGGCUGCAGCGCGCCCCGCCUCCGCCAGCUGCGAGUGGGAACCAGGGAGGGCCAGUCCGGGACGGCCACCGCCAGCUGCGAGUCGGGGGACAGCUCGAUCUAGUGCGGGACAGCCGGCCGAAGGGUCCGGCAGCGGCAAACGACUAUCCUGGCGGCCAAAAAAAUGCUCCUGUACCGAGGGGCCCCCGUGGGCCCCGGCGCGCCGGGCGGCGGACUGGCCCGGCCGGGCAGCGUCCCGCAGGCCUUCGGGAUCCGCCUGAGCACGAUGAGCCCCCGCUACCUCCAGAGCAACUCCAGCAGUCACACGCGACCCUUCAGUGCCAUCGCGGAGCUGCUAGAUAAUGCUGUAGAUCCAGAUGUAUCUGCCAGGACCGUCUUUAUAGAUGUCGAGGAAGUCAAGAACAAACCUUGUUUGACCUUUACUGAUGAUGGAUGUGGGAUGACACCUCACAAACUCCACCGGAUGCUCAGCUUUGGCUUUACAGAUAAAGCAAUAAAGAAGAGCCAGUGUCCCAUCGGGGUCUUUGGUAAUGGUUUCAAGUCGGGUUCCAUGCGGCUAGGAAAAGAUGCUCUUGUCUUCACCAAGAAUGGAAAUACUCUCGCUGUUGGACUUCUGUCACAGACCUACCUGGAGUGUAUCCAGGCCCAGGCCGUCAUUGUCCCAAUUGUCCCAUUCAGCCAGCAAAGCAAAAAAAUGAUUGUUACUGAAGAUUCUUUGCCGAGCCUAGAAGCCAUCUUGAACUACUCAAUUUUCAACAGUGAAAAAGACCUGCUAUCUCAGUUUGAUGCUAUCCCAGGGAAAAAAGGCACCCGUGUUCUCAUUUGGAAUGUCCGCAGAAACAAAGAUGGAAAGUCUGAGCUGGACUUUGAUACAGAUCAAUAUGAUAUCCUGGUAUCAGACUUUGAUGCUGAAGAAAAAGACAUCAGUGGUGUUACCUCCCAGCUGCCAGAAACAGAGUAUUCCUUACGAGCAUUUUGUAGUAUUCUAUAUAUGAAGCCCCGGAUGAAGAUUUUUCUGCGACAAAAGAAAGUGACUACCCAGAUGAUUGCUAAGAGCCUUGCUGAUGUGGAACAUGAUAUAUAUAAAUCUCCCUUCACGAAUAAGCAGGUGAAAAUCACAUUUGGAUUCUCUUGCAAAUAUCAUAACCAGUUCGGAGUAAUGAUGUAUCAUAACAACCGCCUUAUCAAGGCCUUUGAAAAGGUGGGCUGCCUGUUAAAGCCAACUCGUGGAGUAGGCGUGGGAGUAAUUGGAGUCAUUGAGUGCAAUUUCCUAAAACCUGCCUACAACAAACAAGACUUUGAGUACACCAAGGAGUACCGGUUGAUAAUAAGUACUCUUGCCCAGAAACUCAAUGCUUAUUGGAAGGAAAAAACAUCUCAAGAGAAUUUUGAGAACUUACCUAUAUCCAGGAAGAUUCCUGACCAGACAUGGGUACAGUGUGAUGAAUGCCUGAAGUGGAGAAAACUUCCUGGAAAGGUGGAUCCAUCCACAUUACCUGCAAGAUGGUUUUGUUACUAUAAUCCCCAUCCAAAAUACAGGAGAUGCUCUGUUCCAGAAGAACAAGAACGCAUGGAAGACUUAUACCUGAGCAAGGCUAAGCAACAAGAUGAAACUGUUGAGAAGAAGCAGAAGCCUGUGGAAGGUGACAAGCACCAGGUCCUCAGCCAUCCACUAAAGACUCCCACUACACAAGAUAUGGGUGAACGAACUGACAAGACGAUUGGAUAUGAGCAAAUCAAUAGCCCUAGCCUGCUUUCAUCGGGUGGGGAAGAAAACAGAUCACCUCUUCAACUUAAGUCUCUGGAUUCCAGUGUUUUUCAGUUUUCCAGUCUUCGGCGUGUUGUUUGUGAAAUGCUCAACUCACAGUCAAAUAGAGAAAAGUGCUUCAGGAAGCGUUUGGAAGUAGCAGAAGGAAGUAAGUACAAAUUGAUGCUCGGUGAGGAGCCUGUGGAGAAACGAAGGAGGCUCCAGAACGAGAUGACACCAUCUCCUAUAGAUUACUCCAUGUCCAGUCCUUACAGGAGGGCAGAAGCAGCUGCAGCCUACCCAGAAGGAGACAACAGCCAAGAUCAAUCCAGUUCUGAGAGAAGCACACCACCAUACCUCCUACCAGAAUACCCAGAAGCAAACAAGAAUAUAGACCAGAACCGGGAAGCUCCAGCACUUGGUCCAGGGGCCCAGGGCCAAGACCAGGAGUCCCUGCUUCCUGAAGAGCUAGAAGAUCAGAUGCCAAGAUUGGUAGCAGAAGAAUCUAACAGAAGUAGCGAGAACAUAAACAAAGAAGUGAAUAAAGGGCCUUUUGUAGCUGUAGUCGGUGUCGCAAAGGGACUUACAGAUUCAGGAGCUCCCAUCCAGCUAAUCCCUUUUAACAGGGAGGAGUUUGUAGGGAGAAGAAAGGCAGCAGGAUCCUGGAACCGGAAUCCUUAUUCUUCUGGGGCCCCUGCCGCAGCCGCUGCAGGGAAGGGAAAAGGCUGCCAGGAAAGUGGAGGGCGCAACAUGCCAAAGAUCAAGAACCAGAAAGAAUUGGAGGAAUUGAAGAGAACCACGGAAAAACUGGAGCGUGUUCUGGCUGAAAGGAAUUUGUUCCAGCAAAAGGUAGAGGAGCUGGAACAGGAGAAGAAUCAUUGGCAUUCUGAAUUUAAGAAAGUUCAACAUGAAUUGGUGACCUAUAGCACCCAGGAGACAGAAGGCUUAUACUGGAGCAAGAAGCAUAUGGGUUAUCGCCAAGCUGAAUUCCAGGUUCUGAAAGCCGAACUAGAAAGAACCAAAGAAGAGAAGCAAGAGCUAAAAGAGAAACUGAAAGAGACAGAGACACACCUGGAAGUACUGCAGAAGGCCCAGGUCUCCUGCCGGAAGCCAGAGGGAGAUGACCUAGAAAGGGCUUUGGCAAAGCUUACGCGGCUACGUAUCCACGUCAGCUAUCUCCUUACUUCUGUCCUCCCUCACUUGGAGCUUCGUGAGAUCGGGUAUGACUCAGAACAAGUGGAUGGGAUCCUGUACACGGUGCUGGAGGCAAAUCACAUACUGGAUUGAGCACCAGACUAUAUAUCCUCUCCUCGCUUUCUUUUCUCUGUUCUGCCUGUGUGCUCUAUGUCCUCCCUUAUCUCUCUCCCCCUUUCUUCCCCUCCCCCAGCCUUUUUUUCUUUUUCACCUUUAUGCCUUAUAUUGAGAAUCUUUAAAUAAGUCCUGGGUUCUUAAUCAGUGUGCUUCACAUUCAGAGUGGGUGCGGAGAAAGAGGCCCAUUAAAUAGCCGUUUAAGAGUCCAGGAAAAGAAAAAGCAAUAGUCACCAAGUUAGGUGACCUGAAAGCUCUAGUUUUCAUGAUCUAGAUACUUGGCCUAUUUCAUGUUCGGAUAGUGGUUCGUGUUCACUUAGGAUAAAUCGGUCAGCAACUGUUGGGUCCAAUGUACCUGGUGGGAUAAAUCAAGCUUUCAGCCCUGCCAAGGUUGAAACAAUCUAGUUGGAAGCACAAGUCACAGCAAGUUAACUAACGAUCCAAAGGAGGGUAUAGUGUGUGUGCGUGGUGGAAAGAUGACAGAGAAGAUGAAGAAGAGCAAUGUAAAGGGAGGCAGUGCACCGUAAGUGGGACCUAAAUGAAGCAUCAAAAGAGUGAGCAUGACAACACUCUGAAUCAUGCUUGUUGCCUAACUGGUAGGAUUAUGGUUGAUAGUUUUUUCUCCUUCCUAUCUUCUUGCCCUUUUCAAAUUUUCUAUAGCAUUCUUGUUAUUCUUCUUACAUUGGAAAAUAAAUUGUUUUGAAAGCUAACAAGUAGGCUUGAAUCUGGGUGUCAAAUGAGAUGUUUAUGAAAGUAUAAAGUCAUUUUACACUUAUAAUUUAUGUUGAGUUUAACGUUACCUCUGGGGAGACAGCAUAAACAAAUGUGCAAAAAAAAAUCCAGAAUGUGAAAAAUGUGUUUGGUAAGAGUAAUAGGUUCAUGUAAAAGGAACCCACCAACGAACUCACCAAUUCUCCGUGGCAUUUUUAUUUUAAUAACAGAUAUGUGAAAAUAAAUAUAUAAGGAUCAAAAUUUUGUAUGUAUCAUCACAUUAUUAAAUUUUAGAUAUCAGGGGAAAUAUUUUAGAAUAGAAAGAUUUAGUUGUCAUCCCUUGUAAUAUACCUACAUACUUUCUAGACUAUAUAGAAUAAGAUGUAGACCUCAGAGUACAGAAAUAUACAGUACAACUUAUACUCAUGCAAAGAUGAGCUUUAUGAAUCCAUUGCUUUAUUAUAUUUAUGUAGUAUAAAGUCUCCAAAGAGUUAAAGGUACUCCUGAAAGGUUGCUGUACAGUAAAUAUAUAUAUAUAUAUGCCUAUGUAUACCUCUGUAUAUGUGUGUCUCAGCAUUGAAAACUAGGAAGUAGAGGAGAUGAAUAAUAAAAGGAAGGUGGAAUCCACCAGCAGUAAAAGGAUUCUGUAGUACAGACAAAACACUUUGGAUAGUGAUUCUGUUUUCCUCAGUAAAUUUUCUGCAGAAGCCUGUCCCAAGAAUACUUUACCUCCUUUGAAGGGAAGCCCAUCAUAAAUAGAUAUUCCUGUGAGUCUGUGGAGAAUAUGAGGAGGCCACAGCCAGGCUUCACCAUUAGAUUGGUACUUAAACAUACCCCUGCUCCUGCCACUCCUCCUCACCCCAGCUUUAGCACGCUGCAUGAUUAACUUCCAUGUUCGACAUUUGCAUCAGUCUAUCCAAGGCCUCGGUUGUCUAAAUGGGGUUAUGAACAAGGGGAGGAUAACACAUGCAGUUAUUUUCUCAGUGAUACUUGUUGGUCAGAUGGGGACUGGGAGCGGUGAGACUUUUGCACAGAUAAGAAUAAUGUGAAUGGGAGCCCAGGAGAGGAGGAAUUUCAGUAAAUGGAAAGUUUAGUCUGUAUAGCUAUUUGUUGGAUGAGUGGGGGAGGCAGAUAGUUGAGCUCUAAAGGGGAAGAAAGAUUGGAAUCUUAACUCAUCUUUACCCGUGCUUCCUGUCUGCACAAACUCCCUGGUUUAUGUGCUGUCAGCCUGUGGUUUUGAACCCCCAUGCUUCUUCCAGCAACACUCACCUGUGGUAGUCUAUCCACUCCAGUAACAGAGCUAUUGCUUUGUUACCUAUUUACCCUGACACCACAUACAGACACUUAGGUUCAAGUUCCAGCCUUUUACAGAUGUCCCCCAAGACCGCCCGCCUGCCUAUGCUUUGUUCCCACAGCCUUUCAUCAUUUGUACUGCCCUAGCUCGCUUGGUCUACUGGGAACAUGGCAAGCUGUCCGCUAACCUCAGAGGCUACCCUGGUACUCUGCCCUCUGAUACAUUCGUUAACCUUCCUGCAAUAAAAGGAUGCUCUAGUUACAGACAAAACACUAUGAAAUGUGACCCACCAGAGAUAAAUAUUCCUGUGAGUCUCGAACUCAUGUUAAAUACCACUGUGGAAAGACUGGAGUGUUGCCCAUCCUUACCGGAAGCCAUUCUAGUAUGAAAACAGGUACUAACAGUAAAGAAAACAGGUGCCUCCUCCUGGCUUUCCUCUGAGGUUAACAUAAACCUCCUUACAAAUGUUUCCCUUUAACUGGCCAUAGUUAGCAUGUGGGCAUUUACUAUCUCAUUCCUUGACAGUUGAAAUCAAUUCUUAAUUGGCCUCCCUCGUCUCCUAUUCUCAUUCCUCAAUACACACUUCUUAAUAUCACUAAAUAGCUCUUAACAACGCUAUCAGGUCAUGUCUCUGCUCAAAGACAGUAUUGCUCUCUCUUGCCCACAAACUGUUAUCCAAAUUCUCUGGUGUGGUUUUCAAGCCAGUGUUGUCUGGGGUACUCACUCUCCUCUAUACACUCAUCUUCCAACAAGCCAAACACAAAGCUCUUUUCUACCUGCAUGGAACUCCUUUUCAAUUUCUGAAUGCAUCUUAAGAUUUUUGCACUCUGCCUUUGCUAUUCAACUCCUGGAAUGUUCUCUUAAUCAUCUUUCCUUUGGUUAAAAUGCCAACUUAUUUCGGAAAAUUCCUCUAACCCAGGAAAGCAUGAAAUUUUUCUUUGAAUGUUUAAGCCUUGUGUCAUUUCUAAGACUUGUAUCAUAAACUUCCUGAUCCUACUUUCCUUAUUAGAAAGCUCCAGAUUGAUAUUCAACUGCCUACUUGACAUUUACACUUACAUAUCUCACAGACGUUUCAAGUAAAUCAUGCUAAAAAUAAACAGCGACAUACCCCAGGACUUUUCCUCCCCCACAGUUUUCUUCAUGUUAGAAAAUGGCACCUCUUCCCACUCAGUUGCUUAAGCUAGAAACCUGGAAGUCAUCCUUAAUUCCUUUUCCCAUUCCCUACAUCCAGUCUGUCAACAUGCCUGUUGUUUCUAUUUCCAAAGCGUGAUCUUGACUCUGCUGGCUUUUCCCACAACCUCAGUCUAAACGCCCGUGGCUCCUUUCCUUGGAUCCUAACAGCUAACUCGAGACCUUGGAUCCUCUCUUGCACUCACAAUUGUCUUGUCACUAGAAAUGGUAUACUUUUAGAAAGUAAAAUAAAAAUCAAAUCAUGUGACUCUCUGCUUAAAGGCAGUACCUCACUUCUCAUUUCAUGUAGAGCAAAACCGACCCCUGUUACAGUGUCUUACGAGACCCCUGCCUACCUCUUACAUUUGUCUCAGUGAUCUUUCAUCAUUUACCACUUCACAUACGGCCCCUUCCCCUGCAUACUUGACUUCCGGCUGAAACAUAUCAAGCUCUCACUUAAACUCAGAGCCCUCAGACUGUACCUUCUCCUGAGAUGUUCUUUACCCAUUCUGUCCAACUGGAGUGCUGUGUUUCCAGUCUUGGCAUGAUUCACUCUUCUUGAUUCUAUCUUCUUCCUAGAUACGACUUCCAUGUUUUUUCUCUAUUUCUACCAUAGUAUCUUCCCACAGUCCUUGUUUUGUUUCCAGUUCAUAGCAAGCUUGUAUACUUAGUCAUUUUCAUUCAUUCAAAAAAAUAUUCAUUGGGCACCUACUAUAUGCUGAGUGAUAGCCAGUGGUGAAUAUAACGCACAUUGUUCGUAUACACCUGUUUCAGUAAGUUCUAUAAGACCAUGCUUGGUUUGCUAACCACUGUAUCCUACUGCUUAUCAUAGUACCAUAGUACCUGGGAUAUAGUAAAUAAGCAAGAAAUGGUUGUUAAUGGAUGGUUUAAUGAUGGAAUUGUGUUCUGUUCAUAUCUCCAUCUCAGUGAUCUAAAACAAUGUCCCGUUCAUUGAAGAGGGUAAAUCAAUCAGUGUGAGUAAGGUAGAUAACCGUCCUGGGCAUUAGCCUCUGAACAGGAAAGGCCCACACAGUAGCUGCUGCGGGCUAUAGGAGUGGGGUUGCUGGGAGGAGCCUGGUGUUGCUCUCAGCAACUCUUCAGUGGAGGUAAUUAGAAUGAGAAAGAAAAGGGAGAUGGGUGUUCUUCACACAAGCAAUCUACAUAAAUACUCAGAGAGACAAAAUUUAACCAGGAGAUGGCUAUACAGACCAGAUCUUGAAAGUAAGAACUGAACAGAAAACAUUUCUAAGAACUCCUUGUCUGUAUUUUCAAGGGUGAGGGCGGUUCAUUUCAGCAGUAGAAAGAAGAGUCAUUCACGAGCUAAGAACAGAGCAAGUUUCAAGGAAACCAGUUCCAGGCGUGUGUUAGGUCAGUACGUGCUUGUUGUAUGAACAAAUGGAUACCUGGAUGAUGACCAGACCAGUGGUGUUGUGGUGCCAGAGUUGGGGAAGGUUUGUUUGCCCACGGCUGAGGCUUGCACAUUGUCUGGCCUAACAAUUGAGAAGAAGAGGCUGUAGUCUUAGUUCCCAAGGGCAAUCUCAAGAUAAAACAUGCUUUAGAAUCCUGUACUGUGAAUUAAAACCCCUUUCUGUAGCACUACAUUGGGAGUGAAACAUAACAAACAGUCUUCUCUAUGUGAGGUCAGGCUAAGGCAAGUACGAUUUCCAAGAAAAGAGGCAUAUUUCAUGAGGACCACCCUACCUCAUGAUUUCUAUCAGGAACAAUGUGCUCCAACUCAGACGCUCUCCAGCGUGGGCUGGAGAGAUGGGCUCAGUGAGUAAGAAAGCUUGCUGCUCUUGCAGAGCUUCAGUUCCCAGCCCCCACACAGGGGAUCUCACAACUGCUUACAGCUUUAUCUCCAGGGGAUCUGAACCCUCUUCUGGCUCCACAGACACCUGCAUGUACAUGUGAUACAUGCACACAGAUGGAAAUCAAAUAGAUCUUUUGCAAAGUCAGAGUGAGGUGGUUUGUAAGCUCAGCAUUCAAGAGGCCGAGGCACAAAGAUUCAGAGUCAAGGCCAAUGUUGGCUGCACAGUGAGAACAUGUCUCAAAAGUCAAGGCACAUUUUUGGAUAAUAAACUAAAUAAUUGUACGAACUGACCUGUAAGUCUUGGGCAUACAAAAAUUAGUUCAUAAGUGAGACACGAAUAGCAAUUUAUUUUAUUUAUUGGUCCUGAAUAUUGAGGUAGGGGUUUGUGCAUGCUAAAUUUGCAUGAUACUAGUGAACUAUAACCCCCAUCCAGUUUUGUAAUGAAAAAAUAAAAAUCUGAAGACAAAAA